AUGGCCCACUCCCUAGUAGGCUGCAAAGUGAGACUGACAGCCGAGAAAAUACACCGCUCCAAAACAAAGGGCCUCCCUCGCAUCAAUACCUGUCGUUCCAAUGACCCUGAGAGCUCUCGCCGCUUCCAAACCGCCUUUAACGCGAAGGUCGACACAUUCUCCUUCAGUGCCACUGAUAUCGACAGUAGAUGGUACCACCUCCGUGAUGGCAUAUACACCUCAGCACUUACUGCGUUCGGGAAGAAGGAUCGUCGAAAUGCGGACUGGUACGAAACUCACUGGGAUGAGAUGCAGCCAGCCUCUGAAGCCAAGAGACAAGCACUUCUAGCCUACAAGCAAAACCCUUGCAUCAGUACCCGCAAUGCCCUCGGAUCUGCUCGCAGCAAAGCCCAACAGGCUGCGCGCUGGUGCGCGAACGACUACUGGCAGAACCUGUGCAGCAGGAUCCAGACGGUUGCCGACAGUGGAAAUGCAAGAGGCAUGGCAGGAGAGGUCAUUACAGACCAGGACAAGCAGCUGGAGCGCUGGGUGGAGCACUAUCUGGAUCUGUAUGCAACCCAGAACGUGGUGACGGAUACCGCCCUGGAUGCCUUUCCCAGUCUCUCAGUCAUGGAGAAGUUGGAUGCCCCGCCCUCUGCAGAGGAACUCGGAAAAGCCAUCGACUGUCUCUCCCGCGGUAGGGCCCCUGGGAGAGGCGGGAUCCCAUCGGAGGUUCUGAAGACUGGCAAGCCAGCUCUGCUGCAGCAUCUCCACGAGCUCCUCUGCCUGUGCUGGGAGAAGGGCCACGUCCCCCGGGACAUGCGAGAUGCCAGCAUUGUCACCCUCUAUAAGAAUAAAGGUGACCGCAGCAACUUCAGUAACUACCGCGGCAUUUCCCUCUUCAACAUCGUCGGGAAAGUCUUUGCCCGUGUCGUCUUGGCACGCCUGCAGAGCCUCGCCUCCCGUGUCAACAUAUACGUAGUGUUCUGGCAGACUGCUGCGCCUACUAUUACGCAUGCGUAUUACGGUCACUUCAUAGCUUUCACCGAUGGUUAUAACGAGUUCGUGCCUCACCUAUAG